AAUACGACAGAAAUAAAAAGAACAAUUAUUACAUUUUUCGAUCAGGCUUACAACUUUAGAAGUAAUUAUAUCAAAUAAUUCUUAUUUAGUUAUUGUAAUAGAUAGAGAUUAAAAUGCCUAAGAAAAAAACAGGUCAGCGCAAAAAAGCUGAAAAACAAAAACAGCGCCAAAAAGAGAUCCGUAAUGCAAGAGAACACGUCGAUUUAGCACAGCACCCAUGUAACCUGCCUAUGGAAUGUGAUAAAUGCCAAAAGAAACAGAAAAGUCGAGCAUUUUGUUACUUCUGCUCAGCAGUGCAGAGAUUGCCUGCAUGUGCACAGUGCGGCAAAAUUAAAUGUAUGCUCAAGUCUGGUGACUGUGUAGUAAGACAUCCUGGAGUUUUUACCACUGGACUUGGUAUGGUGGGAGCUAUCUGUGACUUCUGUGAAGCAUGGGUGUGUCAUGGUCGCAAAUGUCUGAACAGCCAUGCCUGCACCUGUCCCUUAGCCGAUGCUGUCUGUCUGGAGUGUGAGCGAGGAGUGUGGGAGCAUGGCGGGCGAGUGUUCCGCUGCUGCUUCUGUCAAGGUUUUCUUUGUGAGGAUGACCAGUUUGAGCACCAGGCGUCUUGCCAAGUACUGGAGUCCGAAACCUACAAGUGUCAGUCGUGCAACCGCCUGGGGCAGUACUCGUGCCUGCGCUGCAAGACGUGUUUCUGCGACGAGCACGUGCGGCGGCGCGGCGCCCGGCCGGCGCGCGGGCCCGUGCCGUGUCCGCGCUGCGCCUACUCGCUGCACCUCACGGCCGACCUCAGCAUGUCCACGCGCUCGCACCGUUACGGACGGCAGGGCACGGCCGCCGCCGACGACGACGACGACGGCGGAGACUACGGACAUGCGGGAUAUGAUGGCGACGGAGGGAUGGAAGGCGGUGAUUAUUCGUACUCGGAAUCUGAUGACGACGAUGACGACGAGGAAUCUGAGGACUCGUCAUCUGCAGAGGACGAAGACGAAGUUGAAUCUACUCCCUCUGCGAGCAAGACUACGUAGACUACUGGAGCACACAAGAAUACUGUAACGAACGAAAUGAUUUUGUCAAAUAUAUAUACUUCUCAUAUACUAUUAAAAUAUUGUUUCAUUAGUAUGUUGUAUAUAUUGCAUAAAGAAUAACUAAUAAAAUAUAGUUUUUAAACAAUAAAGCUACUUAGCGAACAUUUUCA